UCUUCUGAAAAUAGGGAAUAGGCCAAAUAGCUAAUAAAAAGUAAUGCUCUUCUUCUUCAUUUAUUUUCUCUAAACUCGAAUCUAAUCCUUUUUUCAGACCUUUGGCCUACGUGGAGAUGAUCUGGCCAUUAUUUCUCUCUUUACAAAAGCAAGCUUUCUGUAAUAAUGAGCUCUGUUAGGGGCAUUACCGCCAUAUUGAUAUAACAUACCAAAUCUGGGGGACUUAGAUUUCUGGGCUCUGUUUGCUUCCCAUUAGUUGAAGUCUCAGAAUUGGGGAAAAAAAAAUAAAAAAUAGUUCUUUUUUCUUUCUCACCAAAAAAAAAAAAAAAAAAAACGCACGGAGAGAGAUUAGCUUCUCUCUCUUCACUCACUGGCAUCAAGAACAAGAAGACCACUGCCACUUCCACCACCACCCCUCCAUCUGAAACUGUAGAGAGAGAGAGAUAGAGAGAGAGAAAAACAGUUCUAGAGCGAGAAAUUCCAGAGAUUGUUUGUAGAGAUGGAAAGUUGGGAGAGAGAGAGCUCCUGGUUUUAAUUCGUCCUCUGCUCUAGUAUAUGUUACUUUUGCUUAUUCAGUUAUAGCUUUAGGUUUUUUAUUAUGCAAUCAUCUUUCUGAGUUAGAAUAAUUCAGAUUCAGAAAUAGAAAAAGGGUGAUUAUUAGAUUUGACAGUUGCUGAGAAAAUUCCCAUCAAAUUUUGUGCCCUUUUUGCUCUCUGUUACUCUCUGUUUCCCUCUGUUUCAAUUUCUCAGCCAAGAAUUAGCCAGAAAAACUUUUUCUGCAGCUUUUGAUUUGAUCUGUAAAAACAUUUUCUGUAGCUUUUGAUUUGAUCUGAUCAGAAGAAAAGUGACCCAGAAAGUUAUAAGCUUUUUUUUCUUCAAGUUGAAGUAUUUGAAAAGAAAAGAAAAUUGAAGAAAAGAUAGAGAAGAGGAAGGAGAAAGCUAUGGAGUCGUCAGAUCUCCAGCACCAUCACCAUCAUCAUCAUCAACAAAUGAACUCCGGGCUGAUGCGUUACCGAUCGGCGCCGAGCUCGUACUUCACAGAUAUGUUGGACAGAGAAUUCUGCCAACAGUUCUUCAACAGACCUUCCAGCCCAGAAACCGAGCGAAUCUUCGCUCGCUUCAUGAACAGCGACGGCGGUGGCAGCAGCAACAACAACAACACCGCAGAAGUUGAGGAUUUGCAAAAGGUUAACGACAACGCCGAAGCAGAAGCUGCGGUUCUUCGGAAUCAGCAGCAGCAGCAGCAGCAACAACAGCAACAACAGAGUAAUAAUAUCAUCAGCGGCAAUUAUUCGUCUUCUUCUAGCUUUUACCAGAGCUCGUCAAAGCCACCUUUGCCGAACCAGGGAAUCAGUUCUGGUAACACCAAUGAAGGGUCUUAUUCAAUGGGCAUGAAUCAGUUUCCGCCGAUGAGAACCGGCGGUAUCAGUAAUUCCAAUCUCAUCAGACAUAGUAGCUCUCCUGCUGGACUUUUCGCCAAUAUCAAUAUUGACACUUCCGGUUUUGGUGCAAUGAGAGGCAUGGGGACAUAUGGAGCGAGUGACAGCACUGAUGAAGAAGCGUCUUUUUCUACUCCGAGUAGAUUGAACAAGUUUUCAUCAGGGCCGGCUUCUUCGACGGGUCUAAUGAGUCCAAUAGCUGAAAUUGACGACAAAACCAUGGUGGGAAACAGUCAAGACACCGGGGCUUUUGGAGAUAGUCGGAGCAAUAGUUUUGUGUCAAGUUUCCCAAUGGGUUCGUGGGAUGACUCUCCAAUUAUGUCGGAAAAUAUCACUGGGUUGAAGAGGCUAAGAGAUGAUCAUGAUGUGAAACAAUAUUCAUCAGAAACUCAGAAUGUGGAGAGUGGAACUCGGCCUUUGGCUCAUCACUUGAGUUUGCCGAAAACAUCAUCGGAAAUGGCUGCCAUUGAGAAGUUCUUGCAGUUUCAGGAUUCUGUUCCUUGUAAGAUUCGAGCCAAGCGGGGUUGUGCCACUCACCCACGAAGUAUUGCCGAAAGGGUAAGAAGAACCCGAAUCAGUGAACGGAUGAGGAAGCUGCAAGAGCUUGUGCCCAACAUGGAAAAGCAAACAAACACAGCCGACAUGUUAGAUUUGGCCGUUGAGUACAUUAAAGACCUUAAAAAACAAGUACAGACGCUUUCUGAUAGUCGUGCCAAGUGUACGUGUUCAAGCAAGCAGCAGCAGCAGCAGCAAUAACACAGAAAGCUUGGGGAGCGACUUUGUUUAUGUACAGAAUCAUAUCAGAAUUUGAGGGGAAAGUCUAGUAAAAAGCUGAGAUGAUGCAUUGUCUUUUAGCUUUUGCACUGUCAAAGAAGAAUACGUUAGCGAGCUAUUAAUUAUAAUUAUAUUAUUAUUAUUAUAAUCAUAAUAAUAAUAUAGAUAGUGAGAAAAGGCUGGUUAAAAAAAAAAACUCCUGUAGGAUCCGGAUCCAUUGAUGACAUAUUAACAUAUGAUAGAAAAUCAAAUCUGUAUAGUAUAUAUUUUUCUUCCGCGUGUAACCUGUAAGAUUUACCAUCACAUGUGCUUUCACUUCUGUAUCCCAACCACUAGAAUUACAUCUGUUUACUUUUCAUUUACUUUUUUCCACGCUUUCCUUGUUGCAUGGGAAGCAUGUGAGAAUAAAUUUUUUUCUCUCUUAAAAUAGUGGGGAAAAAUUGACGGAGCACAACUGUUCAUUGGAAUUAUU